AUGAUUGUACAUCAUCAUUCGGGUGUUUUACAUCAUUCAUCAUCAUCAUCAUCACCGAAUCAUACAAAUAAUAAUAAUUCGGAACAAUCAUCAUCAUCGAUACAAUCAACAACGGUUACACAAUAUCCACGUUAUCCAUCCGUUACAGCUGCAUUAAUAUGGCCAAUAAUAGUACGACCAUUAUUAUGUAAAAUACAAAAACAUAGCCAACAAGCUGCUGUUGUAUUAUUGAAAGCAUUAGGAAAAUGUGAACAUCGACGUCCCGGUUUCCUAUUGGAAUUUAUAACCGAAAUUCUUGCUACACGUAAUAUUAUUUCAAUGAAUAUGACUGAAGCAUUACUUCGAAUGCAAUCACAAAUACCUGAAUUCGAAGAACAACGUUGUCGCCGUCAAGAAGAACCAUUCCAGGAAUUGAAUCGUCGAACAUUUGCAUUGAAAAAAAUCCUAUCACGAAUACCGGACGUUCUUUAUGAUCGUCAAGUAUUCCUUGAAACUAUAAGAAAAAUUGCAUCUGCAAUCAAAAAGCUAUUGGAUUGUGUUAAUGACAUUACCGGUUCGAAUGGAUCAUCAUCAUCCGGUAGUGGAUUCAUUCAAACCUAUCAAGAUAAACGUUCGGUUGAUCAAAGGAAACGGGAAUUUAUAAAAGAUUCAAAAAAUUUUAGUCAAACAUUAAAAGAAUAUUUUAAACAUGGCGAUGGUGGUGCCGUACUACAAAGUGCAGCACAAUUAAUUCUUGCAACGAAUGCCAUACAAAAAACGAUAAAAAUUUGCUGUGAUCCUCGUGAUCAGACAUCGUCGGCCAUUCAACAUUUGAAUAGCAAAUAAAUUAUCGACACAUACACACACACACACACACCGAUCCUAUCGAUCUAUUAUUUCAACCCCACCGACAAGAUAAUAAUUAAGUGCCUCAUUCAAUCAAAAAUAUUGGGAAACGAAAUUUUGUUGGAAAAUUUUGACUUAUUUAUUUAUUGAUACAAGUAUAAAUUUUUAAUUAAUAAAAAAAAAUUCUGAUUAUUACACAUAUAAAAGAAUGACAUAUCUUCUUUUCCCUACAAAUAGAGGAGGAAAAUUUUUGAGUAUUUGACGAUGAUAAUGAUGUAAAUUUUACACAUUUUUUUUCAAUAAAAAAAACAAACAUAAAUGUUUAGGUGGAAAAAUUCGACAGUGAUUGUAGAAAAUUAUUUAAAUCAUAUUCAUUUUCAUAUUGUUGUGUAUCCCACAAUUCUGGAAGUGUUUCGAGCAUCAUUUUCAUUGAUACUUGACCAGAUGAUCCACCGGUAAUAGCAUACUCCUUGCUUGUUGUUGAAUUUCCAUUUCUGUUGUUGUUUGCCAGUUCUUUUUUCUCAUUACCGGUUGUUGUUAAUUCAAACAGAUCCAAUAAUUGAUCGGUUGCCAUCGAAUCUAGGCUUGAAUUUUCAUUCGAUAUAACUGUAUUUGCAAUGGUUAAUUUGAAUUUUUGUAGGCCCAUUAUUUUUUCUUCUAAUGUUCCGGUUGUGAUUAAUC